UAUUAGCUACCUUAAUGGGUCGUCGCAGACUCAAAGGGGCAUACAUAAUCUUAUAGAGAUGACCUAUUUAACUGAGAGCGCCUGACCGAAAUGUGUUAGCAACGUUACGUGAUCACAACCUGUUGCUAUUCUGUUUUGUAAGGCGUUUCGGUUUGUGUUUUAUUUUGUAAAUUUCGAUAAGGUGAAUCAUCACUUAUUUUAACUUUUAAAUACUAACCAUGGGUCUUUUCUAACAUUCAUUUACUUUUCCUUUCUGUUUCGUAUUCCUUUGUUUUUACGACUGCGUGCAACAUUUUAACCAAAGUUUGAAACCAGGCAUCAUAUCUUCUUUCAGUAAAAUGUAUCGUUCUGAACGCUGGCCCGAGGAAGAUACCGACCCUCCUCGCUCUCGAGCAUCUUCUAGAAGAAGCUCAGUCACACUCUCCCGUAGAAACAGCGUCAAGAAGGAGAAAGAAGUAAAGAAGUCUCCCCUGAACUCUGCUCCUUCUUCUGCUACUUCUACACCCAAGAAGACAGUGAAACCGCAGAAUUUAGAUUUUGUUGUUACCGGGAAGCAGAUUCUGAAGAGAUCAGACCGCGCGAACUCCCUCCCGGGAACAUACCACAGACGGCAGUCUGACUCCGUGGCUGUGAAGAGCAAGAAGCUGGUGGAGGGCAGACGGGUUCCGCAUGUGGCCACAGCUCCCAGGAGUCAGGAGACCUCGCAAGAGGAUGAUAUGUCCUUGGAUUUGUCGCAGGUAUCGGACUUCGAGGACACAAACUCCAAGUACGGCAUGAAGCAGUUCCAGGCGCUCGCCACGUCCACUCCCAAACCGAGGCUGAAGGGGCGCAGCACCUCCCUGCAGAGCCAGCUGCACUCGCAGCGCGUCGAGAGCCGGAGGGCCACCAGCGUUCUCGACAAAACCACCAGCAAGGAUAGCUUCAAGACUUCCACAAGUAGUAGUCCUCAUAGAUACGGCACUGAGCUGGACUACUCGUCAGUGUCCCCGGAGUACUCCGGACAGUCGUCAGCAGACCUGUCCCCUACCAGAGCUUCGCAGCAGCUCUCUCCCAGGAGUCAAGAUCUUCAGGUGUCCAGUUGCUGUGUCAGCACGUGGGCUGACUGCAGUGAACCGGACACCAAGUUGGAUCAGCUCUGCGACGGCGAGUGGUCCUCGUUUUGGGCGAACUACAAUAAUUCUGUGGCAAAGGUCCCCAUGAAGAGCUACUACGACCAGUGCCCAACGCCAUACAGGACAGAAAACUUCGAAUUGGCUGACUUCGAAUUCUCCGACGGCUCUCGAAAACGAUCCCCAGACAACAUUGAAGUCAUAAACAACAUUAUUCGCAACCAAGGACUGCAUUUAACGCCGCGAGAAACACAAAACAUUAUCAAAUGCGCUCAUCUACUCGGUAAUGUACUAUCGAAAGCCAUCGACCGAUGCUCAAAAUCCGACGAAACCACAGAACUUAUAACGAAAAAGAAAACACUAAAACUAGAUCUGAAAGAGACAAGCAUACCUGUUGAGGUUAAGGAGGAAAAGAGAUGCGAGACUGUCACGACCCAAACUGACAUUUCGUUGCCGAACACGAAAAGCGCGCCAAGAAUUUUCGAGAAUAUUCUACGUCAGCUGUCGCGAAGUUCGAUUGAUGUCGAUAAAAUUGAAAAGGUUGAUAAGGAGAAGGAGAAAGAGAAAGAGAAAGAAAAGAGUGAGAAAGAAAGUACGGAAAAGAAAGAGGAAUGAGAUUGUUGUGAUUUUUAAAGCGAGUUCUCUGUGAAUACUAAGUUUUUUUGUUUGUCACUUAACAUAUCUCCGGGCAGUGUCAAGGCACUGGUCAAGUGUGCUUUCUCAUUAUAAUAAUAUUCUGUAAAAGAAUAAUAUAAUAAUAAUAAUAUUGGACAAC